AAUGCAUUUUCAAUUCAGUUUGCAUGCUUUGAGUUCAACUUCUACACCAUUUUUGUCCCUGAUCUACUCCAUGAAUUCAAGGUGGGAAUUUGGAAGGCUACUUUUACAUAUCUCAUCCACAUCCUUCAUGCAUAUGGUCAUGAAAUGAUACAGUGGCUGAAUAGAUAG